AAUGCUUUUGACCAGAAGCUGCAUGUUGUUCAGGUAAUUGGAAUUGGUCUGCUUUCCCAGUCUCUGCUGCCAGCUAUUGUUGAACUUGCGGAAGAUAGACAUUGGCGUGUUCGACUUGCCAUAAUUGAGUACAUCCCUUUAUUGGCCAGUCAGUUGGGUGUUGGCUUUUUUGACGAUAAACUUGGUGCUCUUUGCAUGCAGUGGUUAGAAGAUAAGGUUUUCUCUAUUCGAGAGGCAGCUACUAAUAACUUGAAGCGUCUUGCUGAAGAAUUUGGUCCAGAAUGGGCAAUGCAGCAUAUAGUGCCACAGUUGUUGGAGAAGAUAAGUAAUCCACAUUACCUGCAUCGCAUGACCAUUCUACAAGCUAUCUCUCUAUUAUCUCCUGUCUUGGGUUCAGAUAUCACUUGCCAAAAGCUACUGCCUGUAAUCAUUUCUGCCUCAAAGGACAGGGUACCAAACAUCAAAUUCAAUGUGGCAAAGGUCCUGCAGUCACUCGUACCCAUAUUUGACCACUCUGUGGUGGAGCAGACGGUUCGGCCAUGUCUUGUUGAGCUUGGCGAGGACCCAGAUGUGGACGUCAGAUAUUUUGCCAGCCAAGCACUUCAGACAUGCGACUCAGCAAUGAUGUCAAACUAGAUAAUUGUCCUUGUUGAGUCCAAUUUUUCCCAUGGUUGAUACUCAAAAGUUACCAUCUCUGCUUUUGUAAGGAGAUUGAGUUUACACUGAUGGGUCCCUAAUCAUCGCUGAGUUCUCAAAGAAUGUUGGUACCUUUUUUGACACUUAUGUGUGUGCUUCUUUUAGUUGUUGACAGGAUAAUUCACGAACACAAUGAUUAUUUCUAUGUAGAAAUCUGGUGCUACCAGGUUUCUGAUUGAUACCCCUUACAAAACAUUUACAUGUCUAUUGAUGAAACAUUUGGUGGUGGUC